AAUCGAACAUUUUUUGCACCACAUGAUGUUGAUUAUGGCAUCACUAGAUUCCAGACAUUAUCCGACGCUGCUAUUCCUAGCCAAAUCAAGGUGUUAUUAUCUGAAAAUGGGUUAAAGUUGUUUAAGAAGACAUAUUUUGGGCAUUUUCUUUCCCUGCCCAAAAUAUGUAUCCAAAAUCAGGCAAUUCACCUUCUCAUGAAGUAUGAAUUGAACGCAUCUGGUUCUAACUUUUUUACAGGAGAGAUAAAAGGUGAGAUGCUGAACUUUGGAUUGAGGGAGUUUGCCCUUAUCACUGGCCUUAGAUGUUUUACAGAAGUGACAAACUUUGGUUACACAACUAAGUAUGAUAGUAAAAUAAUAAGGAGCUAUUUUUCGAACAAGAAAAAAGUUGAGAAAUCAUACUUGAAAAAAAUUGUAACCAGCCGUAGUUGGGUGAAUGAUGAGGAUGCAGUCAAGCUGUGUAUUCUCUAUCUGAUAGAAUUCUUCCUAUGUCCUUCAGACAAAGAUAAUUUAGGUUUGAUAGACCAUUUUAGGUUCUACUUGGUGGACUCGGGGCAGUAUGCGAAUAACGCAUGGGGUAUCGAAGCUUAUACACAAUUGCUUUAG